UUUCGGCGGGAAACGGGAACGGGACAGUUGCUUUCUUCAUUGAGUAAUCUAAAUAAUUAAUACGAAGUGGUGUUUUGUGGUUAAUGAUCGCAUUAAGUUAGUCGGAAGACAUUCGCAAGUGUUAUUAUAUUGGAGUAUUCAAUAAACAAAGUGUAUCUGCCUAUUUUCGCUUCGUGCCGGGAAGCCGCUUCAUAACUCAAAAGUUUAUGCGGACUUUUGAGUUAAUUCGUUUGGGGUUCGGAGUAGGAGUCUACUCCGAGGGUGGGGGCUUAGGUUUCAUCAUCAUCACCUUUCAUCAUUUCAUUAAUCAUCAAGAAAAAAAAUUCGUCAGACUUGGCUGUAUGGGCAUAGUUCCCUUUGCCUUACCCUUCGGGGAAAACCAAAACAAAAAAAAAAGGAAGCUGAUAGUGGCUGCUUUUAACGAAAUUUUCUAUAUUUUUCACGCAAUUUACUUCGAUUUAUUAUGAAAAGUAGUUUUGCAAUCGCAACAAGAGAUAUAGGUUCAUUUUAGCAUAGUUAGUGAAUAAUCAUUCUUUAAAAUCAUGAAAUAAUUUGCACUAAAGUUUCCCUUUAUCUCCGUCACAAAUGAUGGCAAUAAAUUUACAAUUUUCUUAUGAAAUCUGACACAAACCGCCAUCCAAAAUGUUGGCGAUGCUGCUCCUGAACCGUAUGAGUACGACGAGAAGGACUGCUAAGAAGAAACAAGUGAUAAAAUCAGUGAAAACGGAGAAGAAAGUGUCGAUAGACCAUUGCCGCACUUGCUUGAGUACUGAGGACCUUGUGGCGAUAUUUUACAACAAAGACACAGAAACGAAGAGAACGGAGGAUUUGAGGCUGGUUACUGGCUUGGAAAUAAAAAUGAACGACGGUCUGUCGCAAAAAAUCUGCACGCAAUGUAUAGAGAUGAUGAACCAGGCACUGCAGUUCAGACGGACGAGCAGGAAAGCGGAGAAGACACUGCUCGGCAUGCUUGGAGGUACUAAACAGAAGAAGAAAUCUUCAAAACUCCAGAAGGCACUCAAACCCUCGUUGUCAAAAGCAAAGGAAGAGAAAGUGGAGUUCGAAGAUUACAAUUAUAAUUAUGACGACAUGUUCGCUGAUGACUUCCAGAAUGACUUCGACUACGCCAAUGUCAAAGAAGAGGCCCCCAAGCCCAAAAUUAAGCAGAAAGCAGUCACUACUCGAAAGAAGCGUGCGGUGCUACCAAACGCAACUACUUACAAAUGCGCCACUUGCAGUAAAGAGUUUAAGAUGAAAGCCACAUACAAAGCACACAUGCGGUUUCAUACGAAUUACUGUGUUUGUGAGUCUUGCGGCAAGCGGUGUCGGAAUAACAACCAGCUACAGGAACACAAGCGUGCCCGACACGGUCUUGGCCGGAUACAUAAGUGCGCGUACUGUGAGUACAGCUCCGCCACUAAGGAGGCGCUCACUAUUCACGAGAGGCGCCAUACUGGUGAGCGGCCAUACAUAUGCGACCACUGCGGCGCCACCUUCCACCGGCGCUCCAACCUGGUGCAGCACAUAGCCAUACACCUGCCGGAGAAGAACUUCCAGUGCGACAUGUGCCCGAAGCGGCUGAAGUCGCGCAAGUUUCUCCAAAUCCACGUCCACAACGCCCACACGGGCCGCCGCUACGGCUACCUCUGUCCGGUGUGCAAGCAUCGGUUCGAGAAGCCGAACAAAGUGCGCGCGCAUGUCAGACGCGUGCACGGCGUGCCCGACGAGCAGCAGGGGCCCAUCGUUCGGGUGCAGCUCUAGCGCUGGGAGUGUGAUAAUUCGUAGCUAGAUUUCUCUCUCUCUUUAAGAGCUGCGCUCAUGUCGGUGGAGUAAUCGCCAUUCCUCUCUUCUUCCCGCUAAAUCCUUCACCUCAUACGACACGAUUUGCACCUUUUCUUUUGUUUCAUAAAUGUUCUCCUAGGUCUACCCCUUCCUCUCUUCACUUAAAUUUUUCCUUCUAUGUUGUUUGGUUUGAAUCGUGUCGUAUCAGAGGUGUAAGUGACAUCGUAACGAAUACUGAGAGGGAUGAUUCAGCUCAUUAUUCCGAGUUAAUAUCAAGUGGAAUUUUCUAUGGCAAAAGUAUAGAAUUGAUAAUAAUUUAAAGAAACUAAAAAUAAUCAGGAAUUUUGCGAAGGAAAAAUCCAUUUGAUAUCAACUCAGAAUCAUAGUCUGAGUCAUCCCCCUGAGUAUACGUUACGAUGUCACUAACACCGUAUAUAGGCUGUUUAUGUUACGUUGAAUUCGAAACAAGCAAAUUAAUGAAACAAACGCCAUCUAGUGAUGGUGUGUCGUAUUAUUAUGAACACUUUGACACUUAGUACCAAUCCUGGCCACCUUCCCUGUGACAGUUUUUAUCCAAAUUGGUCCAGCAUUUAAAAUGGAAAAUAUUAAUAAUGAUUAUAUUAAGUAAUAAAAUUAUCAUAUGACAAUUGUAAAAAGACUAAUUUUACUUAGAACGUAGACAUUAUAUGCGCCAUAAUAUUUUAUGAUCUCCAAUGUGAAAGUAUUAUUUAAAUGUAAAAUAGUUGUAAUACUACAUUGGUGCUAAUUCCGAACACACCAUAUAAUUAGAAGUUAUACCCAUCACUUUCAUAUCCGCCGAAAAGAAAAGGGACGGAUGAUUGUCAACUGUUCCUUUUGGAAUGAAAGAAUAACCCGGUCGAAUAAAGUAGGCAUGUCGAUCAUAUGCAAUCCGUUUGACGCGUGCUGUCAACUUAAUUCUGUCGGGUAAUAUAAAAUUUUGAAAAAAAAAAACUGCAUAAAAUUAGAAAAGAAUAAGAAUAUAGAAUAGAAAUUGUUUAUUAUAAAAGGACGCCACAUACAAAGACAAGACAAUAACAUCACUUAAAAAUUUCACAAAACAAUUACAAAAAGCAUAGGAGGAUGUUAGUUACAAUGAUCAUAAGGUGGUGGUGGACGUCCUGAGAUAAAAGGGCCUCACUCAGCACAAGUCGCGGCGUGAACCACGACGCUGGUAUUAUGUGGACCCUGUUGGGUGACGCACGAACGUCGCGUUUCAUAAAUAUGCGUUAAAUUGACGUGUGUUCCAUAAAUUUUAUGCCUGUCGAUUACCCGUCCCUUUUCUUUUCGGCGGAUAAGAAAAUACUAAAAUUAGAUGGUGUUCAUAAGAAUUUAUUAGCACUAAUAGUUAAGGAAUAAAUAUAAUCGAACUCAAUUAUUUAUAAUACAGUGUGUUAGUGACAUCGUAACGAGUACUCAGGGGGAUGGUUCAAACCAUGAUUCUGAGUUGAUAUCAAGUGGAAUUUCCUGUCGGAAAAUUAAUGAAAAAUGUAGUGCUUUUUUAAAUUAUUUUCAGUUCCAUACUUUUGCGAUGGAAAUUUUCACUUGAUGCUAACUCAGAAUUACGGUCUGAAUCAUCCCUCAAAGUGUUCGUUGCGGUGUCACUAACACCUGUGUAUUUUAGUAUAUUUAUUUUCUAAAAAAUACAUAUAAGUAGGUGCAAUAAAUAAAUUUUAUCGAAUAGGUACACAAUUUUGAACCUAAGAAAUUAAUCGACUAUUCGCGUUUUUAUUACACCACAUAGCAUGGACACCGCCUACAUUAACGAUAUGGCCAAACGUUGAUUGAAAUAUCAUUAAACGUUGACGUUUCAACGAUAAAGUUGGUUUUUUUUUCUUUUGUUGAAAUAAAUAACUUUUUUUUUAUGAAAUAUGACUAUUUCAUGAAAUGGUCGAACACAUCAUGAAAUGAUCAAUUCUACGAUCUGGCCACGGCAUAUACGGUCACGAGCAUUAAUAUGUAUACA